CGUUGCUGUUGUGUAUGUCAAUUGCGUGUCUUCGGCAGGCUCUAAGCCUGGCAGCAACAGGGGUGUGUCAUUGCCCUCCUCCCCUCUGGAGGUCGACCUCCGUGUUCUUGCCACACAGAGGUUCCCUAUGCAGUAUGGGGUGGGUAUCUGUCCUGUCCACUGUGGCGGGGGAAGGGGACGACAGGGAAGUACCCAAGAAGAAGCAGCAGGACCCCAGGGCACGCAGCACCAUCAGCAGUGUGGGACGGAAGAUUCACCAUCGCCACCUGCAGGUGAUUGGACAGCAUGGCGAGGACCUAGGCGCCAUGCACCGUACAGAUGUUCUGCGACUGAUGGACCAGCAAGACCUCAAGCUUGUCGCCCUCAAUGAGAACAAGGACCCCCCUCUCUACCAGCUGAUGACUGGGAAGCAGAUCCAUGAGGAACAGCUGAAACUGCGUGAGAAGCAGAAGAAUAAAGCGGGACCAGUGCAGGUGAAGGAGCUCAGCUUCUCCUCAGACAUCGCCUCUCAUGAUCUAGACACAAAGCUACGGCAGAUCCAGAGCUGGCUGGACAAGAAGUACCAUGUGAGAGUGACGCUGAGGAAGGGCCGCAUGAAUAACACAGAGCCUCUGGAAUCGGUGCUAGAGCAGUUCAUACAACGCAUGCCAGCCAUGGUGGGCUUUGUCUCCAAACCGAAACUCAUCCGGGAUGGGGCUCAGGCCAUGUGCACUCUGCGUUCCCCUUCGGAGAAGGAGCUGCGCCAACAGGGGCUGCCUAGAAAAGAACCCGUCCAACCUGCAGCCACGCAGAGUGACGUGCAUGAUGCCAGCCCCACCACAGACAGCACAAAUGGCAGCCAAGUGCAGCAGUGA